AUGCGAAGACUGCAGCAUCUACCCAGCAUCCUCCCUCACAUCCGCUUCAACCUGCUGACCUCAGGCGACACGGCAGCCAUCUUGGAACAUCCCCUGGUCAGGGAGGAUCCUGGGAGUUCUGAGGUCAUCAGGAAUGUGGUACGCUCCAACCAGAAGCCAAGGCUUGCAAUGACCACAGAAAUGGUUCUGUUGCGUCAUGAAGUGAAGGAGUUGAGUGAACUAAAGGACGGCGCAGGUAACCAGACAGGUGGUUUCAUCCACCUGCACCGUGUGUGUCUGGUUCAGGGUGCCUGGCCGGACCACCUUCUGGCCAUGUGGGACCGGUGGCACCAGCAGAAGGCAGGAGGGUCAGAGAACGACAAGCCAGACAUGUUUCGAGACUCCCAGCUGUUCGUUGUGCUGGAGUCCGAGGAUGGGGGCUGUGAUCUGGAACACUUCCAGCAUGCCCAGAAGGAUGUAGAGUUCUACAGUCUGAGGCAAGCCAAGGCUGUUCUGCACCAGAUCACCAUCGCCCUGGCUGUUGCGGAGGCUGCUCUCCAGUUUGAACACCGGGACCUCCACUGGGGAAACGUGCUAGUGAGGAAAGGAGGGGAACAAAGCUCCACCCAUCACCUGGCAGGGGAUUCCUCCCCUGUGUGUGUGGCCACCAGAGGACUGGAUGUGAACAUUAUUGACUUCACAGUGUCCAGGAUACACAAGGGUGAGUUGGUGUGA